GCCUGUUACAAGGGAGUUGUGGCGGGUGGUAAGGUAAUUCGCGCGUUAUUCUUCGUGGUGUGGUGGUGGUGGUGGAUGGUAGCGUAAAAUACAGCAAUUUUUCAUAUAUAUUUUUCCCCCCCAUUAUUUAUUAUUUACAUUUCUUCAGCGCUUUUUUUUCUGGAAAAAUACACCAUGUACGUCAUCAAGCGAGAUGGACGACAGGAGCGUGUCAUGUUUGACAAGAUUACCUCCCGCAUUCAGAAGCUCUGCUAUGGGCUCAACUUGGACUUUGUGGAUCCUACUGAGAUCACCAUGAAGGUCAUCCAGGGGCUCUACAGUGGCGUGACCACAGUGGAACUGGACACUCUGGCUGCUGAGAUAACUGCCACCCUCACUACCAAGUACCCUGACUAUGCAAUCCUGGCUGCACGCAUUGCUGUGUCCAACCUGCACAAGGAAACCAAGAAGGUUUUCAGUGAUGUGAUGGAGGACCUUUACAAUUAUGUGAACCGUCUCAAUGGACGUCACUCCCCAAUGAUCUCCAAAGAGACACUAGACAUUGUCCUGGCUAACAAGGAUCGUUUAAAUUCUGCCAUAAUCUAUGAUCGAGAUUUCUUCUACAACUAUUUUGGAUUCAAGACACUGGAACGUUCUUACCUCCUCAAGAUUGAUGGGAAAGUGGCCGAGCGCCCCCAGCACAUGCUGAUGCGAGUUGCAGUCGGGAUUCACAAGGCUGACAUCGAGGCAGCCAUCGAGACUUACAACCUGUUGUCAGAGAAGUGGUUUACCCAUGCCUCGCCCACCCUCUUCAAUGCUGGCACUAGCCGGCCUCAGCUGUCCAGCUGUUUCCUGCUGGCCAUGAAGGAUGACAGCAUUGAGGGAAUCUAUGACACACUGAAGCAGUGUGCUCUCAUUUCCAAGUCAGCCGGCGGCAUUGGAGUGGCUGUGAGCUGCAUCCGAGCCACUGGCAGCUACAUUGCAGGGACUAAUGGCAGUUCCAAUGGCUUGGUCCCCAUGCUUAGAGUUUACAACAACACAGCUCGCUAUGUGGACCAGGGUGGGAAUAAGAGGCCUGGAGCCUUUGCCAUGUACCUGGAGCCCUGGCAUUUUGACAUCUUCGACUUCCUGGAGCUGAAGAAGAAUACGGGGAAAGAGGAACAGAGGGCACGGGACCUGUUCUAUGCCCUGUGGAUCCCAGACCUCUUCAUGAAGAGAGUGGAGAGCAACCAGGACUGGUCGCUUAUGUGCCCUAGUGACUGCCCGGGACUUGAUGAGUGUUGGGGAGAGGAGUUUGAGAAACUCUACACCAGGUAUGAGAGGGAAGGCCGGGCAAAACGUGUGGUAAAGGCCCAGCAGCUGUGGUAUGCUGUGAUCGAGUCUCAGACAGAGACUGGCACACCAUACAUGCUCUACAAGGAUGCCUGCAAUCGGAAGAGCAACCAGCAGAACCUGGGCACCAUUAAGUGCAGCAAUCUAUGUACAGAGGUUGUGGAGUACACCAGCAAGGAUGAGGUUGCUGUUUGCAAUUUGGCAUCCAUUGCACUUAACAUGUAUGUAACUCCCGAGCGUACGUAUGACUUCCAGAAGCUUGCAUACGUUACCAAGGUCGUUGUCAGGAAUUUAAACAAGAUCAUUGAUAUCAACUACUAUCCAGUACCAGAGGCUGAGAAGUCCAACAGACGGCACCGACCUAUCGGCAUUGGAGUCCAGGGCCUGGCGGAUGCCUUCAUCCUCAUGCGCCACCCCUUUGAUAGCCCACAGGCUCAGCUGCUCAACAUCCAGAUCUUUGAGACAAUCUACUAUGCAGCACUGGAGUCCAGUUGUGAGCUGGCUGCUGAAUUCGGCCCUUAUGAAACUUAUGAGGGGUCACCUGUCAGCAAGGGGAUACUCCAGUAUGACAUGUGGGACAGAACUCCAACAGAUUUAUGGGACUGGGCUGCACUGAAGGAGAAGAUUGCCAAACAUGGGGUGCGCAACAGCCUGCUGCUUGCUCCUAUGCCCACGGCCUCCACAGCCCAGAUCCUGGGCAAUAACGAGUCCAUUGAGCCCUACACCAGCAACAUCUACACACGCCGUGUACUGUCUGGCGAGUUUCAGAUUGUGAACCCCCACUUGCUGAAGGACCUUACUGAGAGAGGCUUAUGGAAUGAGGAGAUGAAGAACCAGCUUAUUUCCCACAAUGGCUCUAUACAGGAGAUUGAAGAGAUUCCAGAGGAUAUAAAGCAGCUGUAUAAGACUGUCUGGGAGAUUUCUCAGAAAACUGUGAUUAAGAUGGCUGCCGACCGUGGUGCAUUCAUAGAUCAGAGCCAGUCGCUUAAUAUCCACAUUGCUGAGCCUAACUAUGGCAAGUUGACCAGCAUGCACUUCUAUGGCUGGAAGCAGGGUUUGAAAACAGGUAUGUACUACCUGAGGACUAAGCCAGCUGCCAACCCCAUACAAUUCACACUGAACAAGGAGAAGCUGAAGGCCACACCGCCGGCUGCUGUCAAUGGGAACACAUCUAGUGAAGCUGCCAAGGAGAGGAACAAGACAGCUAUGGUGUGUUCCUUGGAGAACCGUGAUGAGUGCCUUAUGUGUGGCUCUUAAUUCUGUAAUGCCAGCUGCUCUUCAGUGUCUCAUACGUCACAUCUUUCUCCUCUUCCUACUGUUGCUGUAGCAACUAUUGUGUGACAAAUGAUCCUUCUCAUUUCAGCUGUAAAUAUUUUUUGGCUUCAUAUAACUACGUAUGAUUUUUUUUGCUGUAUAUACCACUUAAACCCAAGGUAACACAAAAAAUUGGCUUGGUCAUCUCUACAGAAAGCCGUAUUGAAAUUUGUGUUCCUCCUUUUAAUGUAUUCUUAAGUGUUAAUAUGUAAUUAAUUACUUCCUGUAUGAGACCUUCCUGGAGAGCAGCCAGUAUGUAUAUUGAAAUGUUUUGCUUUUUCAGAAAAUAAAUGAA